GCCUUCUGUGGCGGCGGGCAAGGGGCUGCGGGGGCUGGCGUCGCCAUGCGAUUUCGGGCUAAGAUCGUGGAUCUUGCCUGCCUCAACCACUUCAGCCAGACUGGGGUGCACGGAGUGAUCACCGCUGUAACAUCCUCCUCCCUCCCUCCGGCAGGUAUAAUUAACACAAUCGCCAAGUUAGCCAAGACCUGCAUCCUGCGCCUGACUGUCUGCAAGCUGUAUUUCAUCCUCUCCGAUAAAGUAGCAAAUGGAGGCGCCAGUAUGUGGUGUGAGCUGAGCCAGGGGAAUUUCUUCGAUGAAUUUCAGAUGGAAGGAGUAGCUGCGGAGCACAAUGAAAUCUAUUUAGAGUUUGUGCCUGAGAACCUAUGGAGAGCAUUAAAAACUGCCCAGAGUGCUAAGGCAGUGAAGAUCAAGUUGACUAAUAAACACUGUCCCUGUCUCAGAGUUGCUGUGGAGCUACCAUCCUUAUCAAGCAGCAGUAGGGUUGUGACACAUGACAUUCCUGUGGGAGUUAUUCCCAGAAGAAUGUGGAGUGACUUCAGAGAGCCCAGCGUGCCAGACUUUGAUGUCAGUAUUUACCUACCAGUGCUGAAAACAAUGAAGAGUGUUGUGGAAAGAAUGAAGAAUCUCAGCAAUUUCAUUGUGAUUGAAGCAAACUUGAGUGGUGAAAUGAACUUGAAAAUAGAAACUGACUUAGUAUCUGUAACUACACAUUUUAAAGAUCUGGGAAAUCCUCCCUGGGCAUCAGAGGAUGGAUGUCAAAGUUCUGCUCAAGGCAGAGAUCUGGAAAGUAUGGCUGAAGCAUGCAUAGACAUCAAGAAGCUGCAGCAGCUGCUUGCUGGACAGCAAGUCAAUCCUACAAAAGCAUUGUGCAAUAUUGUACAUAAGAGAAUUAUCCACUUCAUCUUGCUCCAUGAGGAGGUUUCACUUCAGUAUUUUAUUCCAGCAAUUGCCUGAGUGUUUUGGAAUCUUGGUAAUUUUCCAGCCUGAGGCCUCUUUCAUGAAGUCUGAAAUCUUUCCUGAGUUGCUGAAGUAUUUUGAUGUGAGACACUGUUAGAUGCAGCCAUCCGAUGUACAUUUUUUCAAUAUUUAUGAAAGUGUUCAAAAUUCCUCCUCAUCCAGACAGCCAUUUUUGUGAAUAGUUAUAUGCUGUGAAAGACACAAUGCUGGGGAGCAUUGGUAUAUCUUACUCAUAGGAGGAGCAAAACUGAAAUUUGUCUUAGCCACAGCUCAAAACAUCCCAAAAGCACACUGAAUUAAAUACUUCAGUCUUCUCAAAAAACUAAAGGUAGAAUUCACCUUUGGAGCUGCUGUUGUGUGUAUUCAGUGUUGAGCAAUGCAAUCCAAGUUAAGGGAUCUCUGAGCAAGCUAUCAUACCUCCAUGAAACAGGAGAGCCUUCUGGAGGGGUGCCUGAUUGGUAUUUGUCUGGACAAGUAUGCACAGCCCUCCUGAAGUGGUACGGAAUUGAAUUCUGUUCCAGUAGGAAUCUUUUGAUUACGCUUGCUCCAACAUACCUCAGUAGCUGUGUUUGUGCUUACUCUUUGUUUAACUCUUGGCCUGGGAGGAUGAGCAAAACAGUCUGGAUUACUUUGUUAAUGUGGGUAGUGAAAAUCACUGUGUACAGAAUGAAUAUCAUAUGAGGAUGUGUGAGCACAGCAAUUGGUGUGAAAUAAAGAACAAGUUAUCCAUGGAUCGCAUUUUUUCCCUUUCCGGCUAGAAAACAUUGUACAACCUGUGUUAUCAUGGUGUCAGACAUGGUAAGAUUGUGUGUAUGCUCUCAUGCCAAGCAGCCAAGAGGAUACCUGAAUUUCACUCAUAGGAGUACUACUCCUGCUUCUACCUCCUGGUUAUUUUCUGAGGUACUUUCCUCCUUAUUCCAUGUGUGAUUUAUUUGUUACUCUGGCACGUACCAUACAGCUUUUUUUUAGUGAUUGAGUCUAUGCUGCCAAAUGAGACUGGGAGUUUCUUCUAUAAAGUAGCUUGUCAUGGUCAGAAGUGCUGGGUUUUUGAUUUUGGUUUGGUUUUUUUUUCAAGGGGCAUUGACAUUAAGGAUUUGGGUUUGAUUUUUGGUUUGGUUUUUUUUUCAAGGGGCAUUGACAUUAAGGGAGCAAUGGAUCUUUUGUCCAUGGAGAUGCAAAUGCUCAAGAGAAGGCUGAAGGAGAGGCAGUGGCAAUGAGAAGGUAGAAUAGGCUUGCAGUGAUGAGUGUAUUGACUGUUUAUAGACCUUUCUACCUACUCCCUCUUUGUUCCUCCCUGCUCUCUCUUGCCCUGCACAUUGCCUCAUCAAUUGUCAUAUUUCCACCCACUGCCUGCAACAUGCUAAGGUUUGCAUCUUUACUAUUUGCAAAGUCCCAUUUUGCCUAUGUUGUGAGUUGACCUUGGUAAGCUGCUGCUCACUCACUCACACCUGGUGGCAUGGGGGAGAGAAUUGGAAGGGUAAAAGUGAAAAACAUCAUGGGUUGAGAUAAGGACAUCUUAAUAGGCAAAGCAAAAUACGGAAUUCAUUCACUACUUCUCAUGAGCAUAGGUGUUUAACCAUUUCCAGGAAAGCAGGGCUCCAUCAUGCAUAACACUUACUUGGGAACACAAACUGCAUAACUCCAAAUGCCCUUUCCUUCCUCUUUCUUUUCCCUGAGAUGAAUGCGAUGUUGUAUGAUACAGAUAUCCCUCUGGUCAGUUGGGGUCAGCUGUCCCAGCUGUGUCCCUACCAAUUUCUUGUGCACUCCCAGCAUAUUUGCUAGUGGGGCAGUAUGGGAGUAAUGCCUUGAUGCUAUAUAAAUGCUGCUCAGCAAUAAUAAAAACAUCGCUGUGUUAUCAACACUGUUUUGGUCAUAAAUCCAGAACAUAGCACCUCACAUAUGAGCUCACAUACGAGGUACUAUAAAGAAAACAAAUUCUAUCACAGCCAAAACCAACGUAGCCUGCUGUUUCUUGAUAGCCCAACCAACAAUUAAUGCAAACAGAUAUUUUCAGUUCUUUUUUUUCUGGUUACUGUCUUUGUUAAUGCUAAUCAAUCAGGGUUUAUAUUUGUGUUUGCCAUUGAUGACAUGUUGAUUUGUUUUCUUUUUCUCAUCCAGUAUAGGAUGUGAUCAAUCAGAUAACCAUAGAAUAAAUACUCUUUAACACUUUCA